UUUAGGAGAAUAAGGAAAGGGCUAUGGCUUUACAAAUGAGUACGGGAGGGUUUCAGCCAGGCGCAGGUUCCGUGCCUGCUACACAAGUGGAAUUAACCAUUUCAUGCAGGAAUUUGAAGGACAAAGAUGUUUUAUCUAAGUCGGACCCAAUGUGUGUUUUGUUUGUCAAAGGAUUUGGAAGUAAUUCUUAUACAGAAUAUGGCAGAACAGAAAUUAUCCAGAACACACUUAAUCCUGAGUUUGUCCAGAAGUUUCUCAUAAACUAUUUUUUUGAAGAGAGCCAGAAACUGAAAUUUGAAAUUUAUGAUUCAGAUUCUGCAUCUGCCAGGCUGGAUGCUCAUGAUUUCUUAGGCAGAAUUGAAUGUACUUUGGGAGAAAUAGUGAGUGCUACAAAAAUUGAUAAACCCCUGACAGGUCUUUCGGGUAAUUGCGGGCAUAUAACAGUCAGGGCAGAGGAAGUUUCACAAUGCAAGGAAAUUGCCACUAUGCAGUUUAGAGCUCAUAAGUUGGACAAGAAAGACUUUUUUGGAAAGUCUGAUCCAUUCCUAGUUUUCUACAGAUGCAAUGAGGAUAGCAGCUAUUCUGUUGUUCACAAGACGGAAGUAAUAAAGAAUACAUUGGAUCCAACAUGGCGGCCAUUUACAGUACCAGUCAGGUCAUUGUGUAACGGAGACUAUGACAGGUCAAUAAAAGUGGAAUGCUAUGACUGGGACAGUGAUGGAAGUCAUGACAUAAUUGGAGAAUUCCAAACUAAUAUAAGGGAAUUGUCGCAUGGUCCUGUGCCAAAUAAUGUAUAUGAGGUCAUCAACAAGGAGAAGAAAGCAAAAAAGAAAUCAUACAAAAAUUCUGGUCGGGUGGAACUAAUGAGCUGCUCCAUUGUGCAGGAGUAUACUUUCUUAGACUAUGUACAGCAUGGAACGGAAAUGAAUUUCACAGUAGCCAUAGAUUUCACAGCUUCCAAUGGCGACCCACGUUCCGCAACCUCCUUGCACUAUCUGAACCCUUAUGGUCCCAACCAGUAUGCAACAGCUCUCCAGGCUGUGGGGGAGAUAAUUCAAGAGUACGAUAGUGACAAGAUGUUCCCAGCACUGGGUUUCGGAGCCAGACUCCCACCAGAUGGCAGGGUGUCGCAUGAGUUCUUCUUGAAUGGCCAGCCUAACAACCCAUAUUGCCAGGGUAUAGAGGGGGUGAUGCAGGCCUACUACCAGGCUCUCAGUACUGUGCAGUUGUAUGGACCAACCAACUUUGCCCCUGUUAUCAACCAUGUUGCUAGAUUUGCAGAGACGUACAAAGACGGCUCUAACUACUUCGUACUGCUGAUCCUCACUGAUGGCGUGAUAACAGACAUGCCCUAUACCAAAGAUGCUAUAAUACAUGCCUCAGUGCUGCCCAUGUCCAUUAUCAUAGUGGGAGUUGGGGAUGCAGAUUUCUCAGCUAUGGAGGAGCUGGACAGUGACAACCAGAGGCUGCAGUCACAUGGCAGGUAUGCAGAGAGGGAUAUUGUACAGUUUGUUCCCAUCAGGCAGUUCCUCAGUGCUGGACAACAGAAUGUAGAGAUGACAAAAGCCAGGCUUGCCAAGGAAGUACUAGCAGAGAUACCAGAACAGUUCAUAUCCUUCAUGAAAAAACAUGGAAUUCAGCCUAAAAUGCUGCGAGGACCCCCACAGCAAUAGGAGGGCCCUCUUCCACUCAUGUAUAUCAGAUCUUCUGCAGCAUCCCGCCUUUUAUGGAACAUUGUUUGGACCACCUGCCUUGUGCUAUUACUGUGACAUCAUGAUAGUAUGUCUGGGUUUAUUGAUGGUUUGCAUAUUUAACUUUUUAAUUGGAUGUAAUUUGUUGCAGGCGACCAGAUGUUCACAGUUCACAAAAGCUGCGUCAUGACCACUUGGUCAUCUAGAAUAUUGCCUAGAAGUGAUAUAAAUGAUCUAUACCUGAAGGAUCUUUCAGAUGGUUUAUUAUUGACUUAUUUAUUUUACUCUGAAAAUGGUUGGAAUUAUCCUGUAGGAUUGCUUGUAAUUUCUCGCCACCUUGGCACUAUCUGACAUAAUGCUCAAACCAUCUAUAAGCACAGAGAAAAAUAUCAAAGGUUCACCACAUCUUCCAGCCUGUUUUUGAAAACCAUGACAUAAAUUGGGAACACCUAGAAUGCUGUGUCAUUCCUUACAUUAUUUACCAGGAAAGUCCAUUACAAUGUUCUGCCGUUCUGCACCAUUCAAAGAUAACUUCCCCCGGGAAAAUUUGUCUCAUUUAAUUUGUCUCAUUUAAUGUUCACUUACAGUUCUCAGUCUCUUCCAGAACAUUUUGUGUAUUUUUUUUCACAGUUCUAAUGUUGUUCUGUAAUGAAUGUAACAUUUCAAGAACAGAUUAAGAACAUUUUUCAUGAAAAGAGAAAAACCUGUUCUAGGGCAGAUUAAGAACUGUUAUUGUGAACGUUAAAUGAGACAAAUUUUCGCAGGGGUUGGUGUUGGUAAAACAGACUGGUGAAUUAUUAGUAGCACCACGGUCAUAAGACAAUUUUACCUGUAAAAAUAAGGGUCAGUCCUUAAUUGUUUUAUCUCAUCUUCUAUUUUUGUAAAUGUAACAGAUUUACUAUUUUUUGCCAACUUUUUAUUACUACCUUUAGAUUGUCUUCCUAGUGUGACACGUCUUUUUUCUGCUCAUAUAUUUCAUGUCAUUAGAAUUUUAAAUGCAUAAUAGUUGAAGAAAGUGCAGAAUCAGGAAACAUGUUCAUAUAGCAUUGUGAUGUAUGAUAGAAUUCUUUAUAAAGGGGCUUCGCUGAUCAAGUUUUUCGAGAUAUCUGGUUACAAAAACUAGUCGACACUAAAUCAAACACGUAUUAGAUGUAAUUGAAAUACUUGUUCAGGCAGCAUAUUAGUUCAUAAUUGUGAGUAGAAAAUUGAAAACAGUUCAAUGUAAAUAUGUACUAAAAUGGCAUUUUGAAUUUUCAAAAAAUCAUUACUCAUCCUUAGAAAUGAUGCAUUUUUAUUCUGUGAUGUUAGCCUGCUGAAUGCCAGUUGAAUUGAAGGUAGGCCCGUGAAAUUUUGUAAAUGUGUCACUGCGCUCUGUUUCAUUCUAAGGCAGCAAAUUUUAAUUACAGAGGACUCCACUUCAAAUCUUUCUUGCUGAGUUACAUAGAAAUUGUUGCUAAUAGUCAUGCCUACUGCAUUUUUUACCGUAAACUGCAGCAAGUCAUGGGCAGGGUCAAUUAGAUUAAUUUGCAUCUGUUUGAACCUGUUAUUGUAGUUUUUAGUAUCAACAAUCAGACCAUCAAUAAUUCUACUUGUUUAAGAUGUGUGACUUUACCAUUCAAUACUUGAUAAGAAAAAAAUAUUUUAUACUUCCAUUAUUGUUAAAAAUGCUUUCUAUCUCUGGGACUAGGUUUUAGUAUAAUUGCAGUAAGAUGUCUUCAUUAUGGAUAAAGAUUAAGAAAUGUGUUAACAAACUUUUAAUAAAUGUUUUUUUUUUCAAUA